CAGUGUCGAAGGAACAACGGAAGCCGGCGUUUGGUGCCCCAGAAGCAGCGGAACAGAACCGAACAGAACAUCAAGCACGAGGACUAGCCUCUCGAUUGUGUUAGAAGAUCAAUCCGACGGCGACGAUUGGGUGAUUAACGUUUCUGGCCUAGGAUUUCAACGGUGGUAUCCCGGUUUUCCCGCCAGGCGCCCGAAAGUGACUUGGUGUGAAUAUUUUUGAGUGAAGUGCGAAACGCGAUAACUACCAGUCAGUUGGAAGCGUGGUUCUAAAUCGGUGUCAAUUGGCAAUUCGACAGGUGGUUUCGGUUGUGUGUUAGAUCGAACAAAAAAUCAUCAUCGGCAUUCAAAGAGAAUAGAUCAUCUCCAUUUCCCUGUCACCUGAACCGGAAUAAGCGCUGCGCCACCACACUCCAUAUCCUCCUACAACCGACCACGACAUCCAGAGAGCUAUGAAACUAAUUGCACGUAGUCAUCAUCCCGCCACGGUUCUCUGCAGCGCCUCUUCGCUAAUCCUUCUAGUCAGUGCGGUCCUGGUGAUGAGUUCCAUCAUGUGCGGUGCCGAUCCAUCGCCGCUCGAGUCCAACAGCCUGUUUGGGGGAGUCGACGAGAAAAAUUUAAACGACAAACGGCCGUUCUUCGUCGGCAGUCGAUAUGGCCGGUCGCACGUCUACGGCGGGAAAGAUCUCCGACAGGUGAACGUCGUCCCUAGGAACGAUCGCUUCUUUCUUGGAUCCCGCUACGGAAAACGCUCCGACACGCUAACGAAAGAAAUCGAAACCGACAACAACAACGGAGCAGAAUUGACCUAUCUGGCUUGUCUGCACACGGGUGUCUCCAACCUGUACCGAUGCUACGGAAAGGAACGCGACCAGCAAUACAAUGAAGACCUGGACUCCUCGAGCCCCUAAGAUGAGUUGAGUAGCCGAAACAGAAGUUCCCUCCCGUCAUUCCGAUUGCCAACAUCAACUACCAUCACGCUGCUACACAGAACCCAAUGCAACGUUAACAGACACUUUUCAUGUUGAAGUUAUAGCUAAUCAUUAGCCUAAAAUGGCUCUGUUUGCUGAAUAGAGAUUCAAAGAACGUUUGAAGUUGAGCUAUGCCAUAUUUUUUCAGUUUAAGCCAGAUCAACUUCAAUCGAUCGAUCGAGGCUGGGUGAUUUCUGUUCAGCGAUCUAGGAGCUAAUAUGAGGCUGUGGCUUUCAGUAUUUUUGCUUUUGAGCAUGAGUUUGUUACAAAAAAGAAAUGUUAAAACACCUCGUCAUAGAUCCAACGUGAGGAACCACGCACUGACUGUCGUUUAAGGUCUAUUCAUUACCAUUUUAAAUGAAACUAUUUAUGUAUUAGAUAUUUUCGAAAAUUGUUGCAAAUAAAUGGAAAAGAAACAAGCAAAUUAACUGUAAAAGACUUUACAUUGUACUGUUAUCGAAAUCAUUGUGAUUGUACAGCCAAUCUAUAAAUAUACAAAUAUAAAGAAAAUACAUCUGCUUAUAAAUACAAAAUGGGCCCCGUGCACAAUCGCAACAUUGAACAGCACAAAUGUAUAUUUACUUUAAAUAUAUUUUAAAACUAAGCUGCAGAGCAAAUCCUACCUAUAAUUGCACUGUUCUUGAAAGAGGUGAAUGCAAGCGAAAAUUCAAGAAGAUACUAAUCAGCUAUGUAAAUAAACUACACUUGCUAUAGUGUCAUACAGACUCAAA